AAAGAAGAAGUGUUAAACCCAACCAUUUUUGACUUGAUAAAAAGCUUCAACGCUCUCCUUCUCCGUCGCUCUCCGCCGCGUCCGAAUUCCCCCAAAUCCUCCUCAUCUCUCCGAUCAAUUCUUCCCAAGUGUGUAUGUGUUGAGAGAGGAACCAUAGUGUUAAACAUUUCAUAAUGGAAGUUUGCAAUUGUAUUGAACCGCAAUGGCCUGCGGAUGAAUUGUUAAUGAAAUAUCAAUACAUCUCAGAUUUCUUCAUUGCGAUUGCAUAUUUUUCAAUUCCUCUCGAGUUGAUAUACUUUGUGAAGAAAUCUGCGGUUUUCCCUUAUAGAUGGGUGCUUGUUCAGUUUGGUGCUUUUAUCGUUCUUUGUGGGGCAACGCAUCUUAUAAACUUGUGGACUUUCACUACACAUUCGAGAACCGUGGCGCUUGUGAUGACUACCGCAAAGGGGUUAACCGCUGCUGUCUCGUGUGCUACUGCGUUGAUGCUCGUUCAUAUUAUUCCUGAUCUGUUGAGUGUUAAGACGAGGGAGCUGUUCUUAAAAAAUAAGGCUGCUGAGCUUGACAGAGAAAUGGGACUGAUUCGAACUCAGGAAGAAACUGGACGGCAUGUCAGAAUGCUGACUCAUGAGAUAAGAAGCACGUUAGAUAGACACACUAUUUUAAAGACUACACUUGUUGAGCUUGGUAGAACAUUAGCUUUGGAGGAGUGUGCGUUGUGGAUGCCUACUAGGACUGGGUUAGAGCUACAACUGUCUUAUACACUUCGUCAGCAACAUCCUGUUGAGUAUACGGUUCCCAUUCAAUUACCGGUGAUCAACCAAGUGUUUGGUACUAGUAGGGCUGUAAAAAUAUCUCCUAAUUCCCCUGUGGCUAGGUUGAGACCUGUCACUGGGAAAUAUAUGCUUGGGGAGGUGGUUGCUGUGAGGGUUCCACUUCUCCACCUUUCCAAUUUUCAGAUUAAUGACUGGCCUGAGCUUUCAACAAAGAGAUAUGCUCUGAUGGUCUUGAUGCUUCCUUCAGAUAGUGCAAGGCAAUGGCAUGUCCAUGAGUUAGAACUCGUCGAAGUCGUUGCUGAUCAGGUGGCUGUGGCUCUCUCACAUGCUGCGAUCUUAGAAGAGUCAAUGCGAGCUAGGGACCUUCUCAUGGAGCAGAAUGUUGCUCUUGAUCUAGCAAGACGAGAAGCAGAAACAGCAAUCCGUGCCCGCAAUGAUUUCCUGGCAGUUAUGAACCAUGAGAUGCGAACACCAAUGCAUGCGAUUAUUGCACUCUCUUCCUUACUCCAAGAAACGGAAUUAACCCCUGAACAAAGGCUGAUGGUGGAAACAAUACUUAAAAGUAGUAACCUUUUGGCAACUUUGAUGAAUGAUGUCUUGGAUCUUUCAAGGUUAGAAGAUGGAAGCCUUCAACUUGAACUCGGGACAUUCAAUCUUCAUACUUUAUUUAGAGAGAUCCUCAGUCUGAUAAAGCCUAUCGCAGUUGUUAAGAAAUUACCUAUCACAUUAAAUCUUGCACCUGAUUUGCCAGAAUUUGUCGUUGGGGAUGAGAAACGGCUAAUGCAGAUAAUAUUAAAUAUAGUUGGUAAUGCUGUGAAAUUCUCCAAACAAGGUAGUAUCUCCGUAGCCGCUCUUGUCACCAAGUCAGACACUAGAGCUGCUGACUUUUUUGUCGUGCCAACUGGGAGUCAUUUCUACUUGAGAGUGAAGGUUAGUAUCUUUCACAAGCAGCUUAUUCCUCUCGAGUUGAUAUACUUUGUGAAGAAAUCUGCGGUUUUCCCUUAUAGAUGGGUGCUUGUUCAGUUUGGUGCUUUUAUCGUUCUUUGUGGGGCAACGCAUCUUAUAAACUUGUGGACUUUCACUACACAUUCGAGAACCGUGGCGCUUGUGAUGACUACCGCAAAGGGGUUAACCGCUGCUGUCUCGUGUGCUACUGCUUUGAUGCUCGUUCAUAUUAUUCCUGAUCUGUUGAGUGUUAAGACCAGGGAGCUGUUCUUGAAAAAUAAAGCUGCUGAGCUUGAUAGAGAAAUGGGAUUGAUUCGAACUCAGGAAGAAACUGGACGGCAUGUCAGAAUGCUGACUCAUGAGAUAAGAAGCACGUUAGAUAGACACACUAUUUUAAAGACUACACUUGUUGAGCUUGGUAGAACAUUAGCUUUGGAGGAGUGUGCGUUGUGGAUGCCUACUAGGACUGGGUUAGAGCUACAACUGUCUUAUACACUUCGUCAGCAACAUCCUGUUGAGUAUACGGUUCCCAUUCAAUUACCGGUGAUCAACCAAGUGUUUGGUACUAGUAGGGCUGUAAAAAUAUCUCCUAAUUCCCCUGUGGCUAGGUUGAGACCUGUCACUGGGAAAUAUAUGCUUGGGGAGGUGGUUGCUGUGAGGGUUCCACUUCUCCACCUUUCCAAUUUUCAGAUUAAUGACUGGCCUGAGCUUUCAACAAAGAGAUAUGCUCUGAUGGUCUUGAUGCUUCCUUCAGAUAGUGCAAGGCAAUGGCAUGUCCAUGAGUUAGAACUCGUCGAAGUCGUUGCUGAUCAGGUGGCUGUGGCUCUCUCACAUGCUGCGAUCUUAGAAGAGUCAAUGCGAGCUAGGGACCUUCUCAUGGAGCAGAAUGUUGCUCUUGAUCUAGCAAGACGAGAAGCAGAAACAGCAAUCCGUGCCCGCAAUGAUUUCCUGGCAGUUAUGAACCAUGAGAUGCGAACACCAAUGCAUGCGAUUAUUGCACUCUCUUCCUUACUCCAAGAAACGGAAUUAACCCCUGAACAAAGGCUGAUGGUGGAAACAAUACUUAAAAGUAGUAACCUUUUGGCAACUUUGAUGAAUGAUGUCUUGGAUCUUUCAAGGUUAGAAGAUGGAAGCCUUCAACUUGAACUCGGGACAUUCAAUCUUCAUACUUUAUUUAGAGAGAUCCUCAGUCUGAUAAAGCCUAUCGCAGUUGUUAAGAAAUUACCUAUCACAUUAAAUCUUGCACCUGAUUUGCCAGAAUUUGUCGUUGGGGAUGAGAAACGGCUAAUGCAGAUAAUAUUAAAUAUAGUUGGUAAUGCUGUGAAAUUCUCCAAACAAGGUAGUAUCUCCGUAGCCGCUCUUGUCACCAAGUCAGACACUAGAGCUGCUGACUUUUUUGUCGUGCCAACUGGGAGUCAUUUCUACUUGAGAGUGAAGGUAAAAGACUCUGGAGCAGGAAUAAAUCCUCAAGACAUUCCGAAGCUAUUUACUAAAUUUGCUCAAACACAAUCUUUAGCGACGAGAAGUUCGGGAGGCAGUGGGCUUGGCCUAGCCAUCUCCAAGAGGUUUGUGAAUUUGAUGGAGGGUAACAUUUGGAUUGAGAGCGAUGGUCUUGGAAAAGGAUGCACAGCUAUCUUUGAUGUUAAACUUGGGAUUUCAGAGCGUUCAAAUGAAUCUAAACAGUCAGGCAUACCGAAGGUUCCAGCCAUUCCUCGGCAUGCAAAUUUCACUGGACUUAAGGUUCUUGUUAUGGAUGAGAACGGGGUAAGUAGAAUGGUGACGAAGGGACUUCUUGUGCACCUUGGAUGCGAAGUGACCACGGUGAGUUCAAACGAGGAAUGUCUGCGAGUUGUGUCCCAUGAGCACAAAGUGGUCUUCAUGGACGUGUGCAUGCCAGGGGUCGAAAACUACCAAAUCGCCAUCCGUAUACACGAGAAAUUCACAAAACAACGCCACCAACGGCCACUGCUCGUGGCACUCACUGGUAACACCGACAAAUCCACAAAGGAGAAAUGCAUGAGCUUUGGUCUAGAUGGUGUGUUACUCAAACCCGUAUCUCUAGACAACAUGAGAGACGUUCUGUCUGAUCUUCUUGAACGCCGGGUUCUGUACGAGGGCAUGUAAAGGCAUCGCCCCGCCCCGCCCAGAGGAGUGAUUCUGCUCCCGGCUUUCUCUCCCGUAAAAACAUCGGAAGCUGAUGUUCUCUGGUUUAAUGUGUACAUAUCAGAGACUGUGGGAUCGUUUUGGAUGAUGUCUGAAAGGAAAUAACGUAAAACAGAAACUCUAGGCCGGUCUGUAUCGUGGCGAUUCCGGUUAGAGAGGAACUAGAUGUUGGUGGUAAAAUUAUGCCAUUCCAAAUUACUUGUAUGAUUGAUGUUGUUGUAUUAUAUAUCGGUUACGUUCUUAUUAAAAUAUUCGGAUUGAGUCA